AGCCAGGCUCAAGCCUGUUUGAUUCGAGCCUCGGGUCCUCCAUGCGACCUCGUCAGGAUGCGGCGCUUGGCGGCAAGUUCGAGCUGCCUCGGCCCACGGACUUCGGCCCCGCGGCCGAGCCCCUGCGGGUGGUCCUGGCGUGCAGCUUCGACCCCGUCGGCCUGAGCGGCCCUCUGUCCGUCUGGCUGGAGAGGCUCGUCGGCCUGCCCGUGGCGCUGCAGUACGUGGGCUUCGGUGCCGUCCUCGACGCGCUGCGCGACAACCAGUCCGCCUGGAUCGAGAACGGGGCUGGCGUCAACGCGUUCGUGGGGCGCCUCGUUGACCUGGAGCGCGAGGCCGAGCGGGCCGGGGAGGCGUGCGGCUUUGCGCUCGAACCCCGGGGGUCCCCCCUCGAGCCCAGCUCGUGCGCGCUCCCGUGGGGGGGGCGCCUGCUGGCGGCGGCUCUCGGCGGCUCGCGGGCGGCUCGCGAGGGCCGCACGGUGGUCGUGCUCGCGCCCCCGCCGGAGGCGUUGGCGCCGGGUGCGGUCGGCGCCGAGGCAGCCGCGUGCUUGGCCUCGCGUGGCGCCGAGGUUCCCACGGGCACGGCACGGCGGAUCCGCGCGGCGCUGGCGGGUUGCCGCGGCGUGUGCGUCGCCGACGAGGCCGAGGCGUUGCAGGCCGUGCUCGGCG